UCCCUUGCCUUCCGCGCCCCGGAGCCCCCAGCAUGGAGCGCCCUCUCAACCUCAGCUGCUUUGCCGAUACGACGCCGGACACCGGCAACCGGAGCGGGAACUCCGCCGGUCUGGACGGGGACCGGGCGCACCUGUCUGUCUUCAGCGUGUUGGUCCUCACCCUGUUGGCCAUGCUGGUGGUGGCCACGUUCCUCUGGAACGGGCUGGUCCUGGCCACCAUCCUCCGGGUGCGCACUUUCCACCGGGUGCCCCACAACCUGGUGGCCUCCAUGGCCAUCUCCGACGUGAUGGUGGCAGCCUUGGUCAUGCCCCUCAGCUUGGUGCAUGAGUUGUCGGGGCGGCGGUGGCGGCUGGGCCGGUUGCUCUGCCAGGUGUGGAUCUCCUUCGAUGUGCUGUGCUGCACCGCCAGCAUCUGGAAUGUCACGGCCAUUGCCCUCGACCGCUACUGGUCCAUUACCCGCCAUCUGGAGUACACGCUCCGCACCCGGCGUCGCAUCUCCAAUAUCAUGAUUGCCCUCACCUGGGCACUUUCUGCCUUCAUCUCCUUGGCUCCACUGCUCUUUGGCUGGGGAGAGACUUACUCGGAGAACAAUGAGGAGUGCCAGGUCAGCCAGGAGCCUUCCUACACCAUCUUCUCCACCUUUGGCGCCUUCUACCUGCCCCUCUGUGUAGUACUUUUUGUGUACUGGAAGAUCUACAAGGCCGCCAAGUUUCGAAUUGGGUCUCGGAAGAACAACUCUAUCACCCCCAUUGCGCGAGAAGGCCUGGAGGUAAAAGAAGCUGCCCAGCAGCCGCAGAUGGUCUUCACUGUCCGUCAUGCCACUGUUACGUUCCAGACGGAUGGAGACACGUGGAGAGAGCAGAAGGAAAAGAAAGCUGCCCUCAUGGUGGGCAUCCUUAUUGGGGUCUUUGUGCUCUGCUGGAUCCCGUUCUUCAUCACGGAGCUCAUCAACCCUCUCUGCUCGUGUGACAUCCCACCCAUUUGGAAGAGUAUUUUUCUAUGGCUAGGCUAUUCAAAUUCCUUUUUUAAUCCACUCAUCUACACUGCUUUCAACAAAAACUACAACAAUGCCUUCAGGAACCUAUUCUUUAGACAGCACUGA